CGUGCGACCGCGGAGAUCUCUCUCAUCUCGCUCGGCUGCCGGAAAUCGGGCUGAAGCGACUGAGUUCGCGAUGGAAAGAGAAAAGGUACAGUUCCGUAAACUCUUUAUUGGUGGCUUGAGCUUUGAAACCACAGAAGAAAGUUUGAGGAACUACUAUGAGCAAUGGGGGAAACUUACAGACUGUGUGGUAAUGAGAGAUCCUGCAAGCAAAAGAUCAAGAGGAUUUGGUUUUGUAACUUUUUCAUCCAUGGCUGAGGUUGAUGCCGCCAUGGCUGCAAGACCUCAUUCAAUUGAUGGAAGAGUGGUUGAGCCAAAACGUGCUGUUGCAAGAGAGGAAUCUGGAAAGCCAGGGGCUCAUGUAACGGCGAAGAAGCUGUUUGUUGGUGGGAUUAAAGAAGAUACUGAGGAACAUCACCUUAGAGACUACUUUGAAGAAUAUGGAAAAAUUGAUACCAUUGAGAUAAUUACUGAUAGGCAGUCUGGAAAGAAGAGAGGCUUUGGAUUUGUUACUUUUGAUGACCAUGAUCCUGUGGAUAAGAUUGUGUUGCAGAAAUACCAUACCAUCAAUGGUCAUAAUGCAGAAGUAAGAAAGGCUUUGUCUAGACAAGAAAUGCAGGAAGUUCAAAAUUCUACAAGUGGAAGAGGAGGCAGCUUUGGUUUUGGAGACUCUCGAGGUGGUGGUGGAAAUUUUGGACCAGGACCAGGAAGUAACUUUAGAGGAGGAUCUGAUGGCUAUGGAAGUGGUCGUGGAUUUGGGGAUGGCUAUAAUGGGUAUGGAGGAGGGCCUGGAGGUGGCAAUUUUGGAGGUAGCCCUGGUUAUGGAGGAGGAAGAGGAGGAUAUGGUGGUGGAGGACCUGGAUAUGGCAACCAGGGUGGGGGCUACGGAGGUGGUUAUGACAACUAUGGAGGAGGAAAUUACGGAAGUGGAAAUUACAGUGAUUUUGGAAAUUAUAACCAGCAACCAUCUAACUAUGGUCCAAUGAAGAGUGGAAAUUUUGGUGGUAGCAGGAACAUGGGGGGACCAUAUGGUGGAGGAAACUAUGGUCCUGGAGGAAGUGGAGGAAGUGGGGGCUAUGGAGGGAGAAGCCGAUAUUGAGCUUCUUCCUAUUUGCCAUGGGCUUCACUGUAUAAAUAGGAGAGGAUGAGAGCCCAGAGGCAACAGAACAGCUUCAGGUUAUCGAAUAACAAUGUUAAGGAAACUCUUAUCUCAGUCAUGCAUAAGUAUGCAGUGAUAUGGCAGAA